GGAAUGCGUACAACAUAGCAUGCUUGAUGAGGGAGCGCAGAAGGACGUCAACUUCUUCUUGGAGGUACAGUGAAGACGCUGCACGCAGACAAAGUAACGCGGCGCGCUGCAUGCUCUUUCUGCACUGUUUAUUCGCUUCAAAAAAUAUUAGGCCAUCGGCACCGGCCCGGCACAGCUGCACGUCGCCCUGUUGUGUGGCAUUCUCUUCUUCUGCUACGGCGCUGAAGUGCUGGCCCUGUCUGUCAUCAACUCAUCCCUGGGCUCCGACUGGUGCGCCAGUGCAAGUGGCUGUGUCUCUUUGCGUGUCGACUAGCGUACGCAAGAAGCACGGCGACAACUGGUUCCUCGAUGGUGCCGUGUGUUGUUCACUUCCCGACAGGUACUCCCCCGUCGGCCGGGGGAUGCUGAUGAGCGCGACGCUGCUCGGGUUCGCGGCAGGCGGCAUUUCUGUUGGUGCUCUGGCUGACCGAUACGGCAGGAAGUCUCCAAACCUGCUGGCGCUUGGAGGGAUCAUCGUGGGCAACGCCGCAUCGAUGUUCGCACCAAACUACUGGCAUAUGCUGGGGAUGCGAGCAUUUGUUGGGUUUUGCAUGGGCUGGGGCAUCCCAUCCUGGCUGAGUCUUGCCAGCGAGUUGUCGCCGAUUGCAGCGAGAGCCCCACUGCAGGCCGCCGGUGCGCUCUUCUCGGUGUUCGGGGGAGUCUACGUGUGUGUCUGCAUCGUCGUUCUCGACCCACACAUGCAUAUCGAGUGGAGGCACCUGGUCCUGCUUGCGACAAUCCCACCCUUGCUCAGCUUGCUGCCGGCCGCCAUACUGCUUCCUGAGAGCCCUCGGUGGGCAUUCCUGCACGGGCAGACGGACAAGGCGAGGAGGAUACUGCUGAAGAUGGCGAGGCAGAACGGGAAGAGGAUAUCUGCACUGGAGGAUGAGAGUAGCUCCGAGUGGGCCGCACCCGUAGAGGAGACCAGGGGAGGGCCCACGGCAUACAAGGUCAUAUUCUCGAGGAAAUACAGAUUCACCACAGCCAUGUGAGUGAGCACAGAAGAGUUAACACAGGCAGAUCGAUCGACGCGCACCAUGACUAGGGGCUGUGCUUGCUAUCUGUGUGUGUAUGCAGCCUCUGCUACUCGACGCUAGCAUGCAGCCUCUGCAUGUACGGCAUGCUCUACUCGCUCCCUCAAUGUGGGUGCGACGGCAAUCACAGGCACACACCCGAUAAUCGCGGCACCCAUGACAUGUCACCCGUGUGUCUGCCCGAUGCAGGUCUGCCAGAGAUGGAGAAGGCAAGCAGUAUUGCUGAGGGCUGGCAGUUGCUCAUUGGGGAGGCGGUCAGCAGCCUCAACGCUAUCCUCGUUUCGGCUGCUGAUGUGAUGCCCAGGAUACUCUCCCAGUUCUUUGCCCUGCUGGUCACGUCGGCCGCUCUGCUCCUCUUCGCCCUCUUUCUCUUCUUCAGACACCCCGCAGCCACCUGGGCAGCGGUCGCCGCCAAGUUCGCCGGCCGCUGCGCAUUCAAUUUCCUCUACUUCUACACGUCGGAACUCUACCCCACCUCGUGCAGAGCAUCCGGCGUCGGACUGGCCAUCUCGUUCGGCCGCAUCGGGGCAUUAUCUCCCCUCUACUGUUCGAAUGGCUCGUGGCCGCGGUGGAGGACCACCCAGUGGUGCAAAAGCACCCGGGAGGCAAAUUCUCGGCCUACUUCUUGCUCGUGGCCGUCUGCCUGCUCGUCGAUGCCCUCCUUGUGCUGUGUCUCCCCUUCGAGACGCGGCUCCAAGCUCUAGAGGAGACCUAUGUCGACGUGAGGCUAGACAAACGGUUUAGGGUGCCACGGCUGGGCCGGCGGUUCUCUAACCUUGACAAGAUGGUGGACGACUUCCAGUAUGCCCGCCGUCCACGGUCGUCCUCCAUGCCUCCCGUGUCAUCCUUGCCGUACGGUAGGGUGGGUGCGGGUCAUUUGGACAGGCGUAGCAGUCUGCCGGUUGCGUCGGAUGCGAGAAGGGUGGAGGGGUACCGGACGUGCGGUGAGUGAU